AAAAAAACCUAACAACAGCUCACCUUGCCCCAAAACACACACUUGGCAAAAUAACCUUAGCAAACGAACACAGAAAUCUUCAAACCCCAAAACCAAGGCUUCCGGAGACAGGCAAGGGAGGGCUUCUCUAAAAUACACCUGCCGGCAAUACUAUCAAAAACCUACCUUUCUAGAUCCGUUUAUUCUGUUAUUGUGCAAGGAUCUAUUUUUUUCCUCUUCAGAUCUCUCCAAUUUUUUUUUCUUGGGUUGCAAUCUCACCUACCUGUCAAUUUUAUACAAUAUUUUUUUAUAAAAGAAAUCGUAAAGCUCGAGUCUUUUUUUUUUUAAUUAUUUUUGUGUUUUUUUAGGGAAUCAAUCAAUAAUGGAGAUGGAGUUUGUGGAGUUAUUUGAUGAAGCAAAGAAAGCUGCAGAUGCUUCUCUCAAUGAUGACGUAUGGUCUAGUGGACCGGAGGUGACUCGGUGUGUUGAUUCGCUGAAACAGCUCAGGAAGUUUAAAGUUACUAGUGAACUUCUUGUUUCUACUCAGGUUGGGAAAAAACUUCGACCUCUUGCAAAGCAUCCUAAGGAGAAAAUCCGAGCUGUGGCCUCUGACUUGCUUGAGAUGUGGAAAAAGAUGGUCAUUGAUGAGACGAGAAAAAAAAAUGGCAGCAUUGACAGUAAAAGUUCAGUAAAAGCUGAGGUAUCAAAAUCGGAGACUGUCAAAGUUGAGAAGCUUCGAAAGACUAGUGUGGUAAAGGUUGAAAAGGCUUCAACCUCAGAAACUGUUAAAGUUGAGAAAAUGGAUCAGGAUAAGACUGUCAAGGUUGAGAAGAUGAGCAAGCAGGAAAUCCAGACUUCCAGUGUGAAGCAACCAUCACAAUCACCUAUUGGUCCACCAAAGCUGAAGACACUGGUUAAAUGUAAUGAUGCUUUACGCGACAAAAUCCGCGAACUUCUUGCAGAGGCCUUGUCCAAAGUUGCCAGCGAGGCUGAUGAGGACAUCAGGGAUGAAGUAGAAGCAUGUGACCCUAUUCGAGUUGCUGUGUCUGUAGAAUCCAUGAUGUUUGAAAAACUCGGUCGGUCAAAUGGAGCACAAAAAUUGAAGUACAGAUCUAUAAUGUUCAAUAUCAAGGACCAAAACAACCCAGAUUUUAGGAGAAAAGUUCUUCUUGGAGAGGUCCAACCUGAGAGGCUUGUUACCAUGGGCCCUGAAGAAAUGGCAAGUGAACAAAGGAAGCGAGAGAAUAACCAAAUUAAAGAGAAAGUGUUGUUUGAUUGUGAGCGUAGUGGUCAAGCACAAGCCACAACUGAUCAGUUUAAGUGUGGUCGUUGUAGACAGCGCAAAUGCACUUACUAUCAGAUGCAGACCAGGAGUGCAGAUGAACCUAUGACAACAUAUGUAACAUGUGUAAACUGCAACAACCAUUGGAAAUUCUGCUAAUCUGGUCUUUAGGUAGGACUGCACUUCUGUAGAACUGGUAUGGAGCUGGUUAUCUGUGAAGCUUCAUCUGUAUUUUUAACUGAACUACCAUUUCAGUUUGUUGUCUUAGGUAUUUGGGAGAAAAUAUUUCAUUCAUUUCCAUUUUCUGUAGCCUGUAGGGAUAUUUUGUUCAGGGGGUCUAUCCAGGCUUCUGGUCUUGUCAUUUGAUGACUUCAGCCAGACCUGAGAUCGGAACAUUCUGGUUGCCUC